AAUGAGAUUCCCCCUCCUCUCUCUUGCGUAAACAAAGCACUCAUAGCCUGACAGCCAUGAUCCUGAUGCACAGAGCGUUGAAUAUUGUGUUUCCUCUUGCAAUGCUCAUUUUACUCCUGAUAAUUCUACCACCUUAUCUUGUGUUCAAGUUGCUGAGCUACAUUAAAAGAUCCAUAUUCAGUGAAAAUGUGGCCGGAAAAGUUGUUCUCAUCACUGGAGCAUCUUCCGGCAUUGGUGAGGAUCUUGCUUACGAAUAUGCUGUAAGAGGAGCUAGAUUGGCCCUUGUUGCAAGAAGAGAAGACCGUCUUAGAGCAGUAGCUGAUAAAGCCCGUAAUCUGGGUUCGCCAAAUGUUUUUCAUGUCCGUGCGGACGUUUCUAAGGUUGAAGACUGCAAACGAAUCAUUGAUGAGACGUUGAACCACUUUGGCCACCUUGAUCAUUUGGUUAAUAACGCUGGGAUUUCUCAAGCUGAGUAUUUCGAAGAUUGCACUGAAGUCUCUGAUUUGACUCAUAUUAUGGAUGUAAAUUUCUGGGGCUCAGCAUUUUGCUCGCGUUUUGCCAUUCCACAUCUAAAGAGAAGCAAAGGGAAAAUUGUUGUGAUAUCAUCGGUAGCUCCUUGGUCACGAACACCAAAAUUAAGCGUCUACAAUGCAAGUAAGGCGGCUUUAAUAAGCUUUUAUGACACCUUGAGGGUUGAGAUCGGUUCCCAUAUUGGUAUAACAAUCGUGAUGCCUGGGUUGAUCGAUACAGAAAUGACCUCACCUUCUUCACUAGCCAAGUAUUCUCUCAAGUUUUGUCCACCAAAUGAGUCGGCAAAUCAAUGUGCACAGGCAAUUGUGAAGAGCACCUGCCGUGGCGACAGAUACUUGACUGAGCCAUCUUGGUGGAACGCUUUGUUUAUCGUCAAAUCGUUAUGUCCAGAAGCAUUGGAUUUGCUUUUGUGCUGGAAUUUUAUGGUUAAUGGAGCACAAAAGGAAAGACGAAUGUAAGCAGCUGGUAUUAUUUUCCAAGAUGAACCACGAAACAUCAAAUUAUUAUCCCAAGCUUCUAUUUUAAUCACUACGAGCUUAUCUGUGGGCUAAAUAUCUAAGAAAGCCAAGUUAUUUUUAUGUUUUUCGGUCUUUAUCUACUGAAGUAUGAAGAGAAGAUUUUACCUCUACUUA